AUGAACAAUCUUGCAGUGUUUCUGAUUCUAUCUCUUUCACUCUCUUAUGCAGUUUCUUCUACUUUACUUGACAAGAGUUUCAUGCAGUGCAUGUUAACCAGAGUUAAUAAUGAAACUGUGUUUAUUAACUCAUCUUCGUUAUUGUUUCCAAAAGUGUUGGAAUCAUUGGAACAAAAUCCAAGAUGGUUGAAUUCAUCAAAUAAGCCACUUUUCAUUGUUACACCUUCUCAUGAAUCAGAAAUUCAAGCAACUAUACUAUGCAGCAAAGAUAUUGGAUUGCAGGUUAGAGUCAUAAGUGGUGGCCAUGAUUAUGAAGGGUUGUCUUAUAUCUGUAAGACACCUUUCAUCAUGAUCAAUCUCGUCAACAUCCGCUCGAUUGAUAUUGAUCUCGCCGAUGAAUCCGCUUGGGUUCAGGCAGGUGCAACAUUAGGCGAACUUUACUACAAAAUUUCCAAAGCAAGUCAAGUUCAUGGAUUCUCCGCAGGGAUAUGUCCGAGCGUUGGAAUAGGGGGACACAUAAGUGGAGGAGGGUUCGGUACUUUGUCUAGGAAACAUGGUCUAGCCGCGGAUAAUGUUAUCGAUGCUUACUUAAUAGAUGUAAAUGGAAAAAUUCAUGACAGAAAAUCAAUGGGAGAAGAACUUUUUUGGGCUAUAAGAGGAGGUAGUGCUACAAGUUUCGGAAUCAUUCUUGCAUGGAAGAUAAAGUUAGUUAAAGUUGCAUCUCUUGUUACAGCAUUCAGCAUCGAAAGAACAUCAGAACAAGAAGUAACAAAGCUUAUUCAUAGAUGGCAAUACAUAGCAGAUAAACUUGAUGAAGAUCUUUUCAUUAGAGUAGUUGCUCAAAACAAUGGUCCAAAUUCGAAAACAAUAAAAGCAAUUUUCAACUCACUUUUUCUUGGAGGAAAAGAAAGGUUAAUCACUAUAAUGAAUGAGAGUUUCGCUGAGUUAGGGUUACAGGAAAAAGACUGCAAUGAAAUGAGUUGGAUUCAGUCGACGUUGUACUUUGCAGGAUACAAAGAAUCAGAUCCUUUAGAACUUUUGUUGAACAGAAUUACAAACUUUAAAAGCUCAUUCAAAUCAAAAUCUGAUUAUGUGGAAAAGCCUAUACCAGAAACAGGUUUAGAAGGUAUCAAGAGAAUGCUUCAAGAACAAGACUCAUUAGCAUUACUGAUAAUGGAACCUUAUGGUGGAAAAAUGAGUGAAAUAUCAGAAACUGAAAUACCUUUUCCACAUAGAAAGGGAAACUUGUACAAUAUACAAUACAUGGUUAAGUGGGAUAAGAAUGGAAUUGAAGAAUCCAAUAGAAAUAUCGAAUGGAUGAGAAAGGUUUAUAGAUAUAUGACUCCUUAUGUUUCAAAGUCUCCAAGGGGUGCAUAUUUCAACUAUAAAGAUCUUGAUUUAGGUAGCAACAAGAAUAAUGGUAUAACAAGCUACUCAGAAGCAAGUGUUUGGGGGAUGAAGUACUUUAAAGGAAACUUUAGAAGGUUGGCACAAAUUAAGACUAAAUUUGAUCCACACAAUUUUUUCAACAAUGAGCAGAGUAUCCCACUUACAUAA